AUGUCUGUUCGAACGCCACCAUGGGUGAAAUGCCAUUUCGACUUUGUCUCUCUAAUGGGAAGCGAUUUCCUGGAUCAAAUGCAUAAAGAACAAGGACUUCUGAUCUACGAGCUCUCGAAGCUUCAGACGAUUCUACGAGAGGUUGAAACAUACCUUGAUGGAGUAAUUGACUUGCUAGGUAGGGCAGAAGACGAGACUCUAGACUGGUUCCACAAGGAGAGGGACCUUAUCCGGACUCUACUGAAAGAAGUCUCUCUGAUAGAACUGUUCGUGGCACUGGCAAUGACACUACCGAGAAUCCUCGAUGAAGAGGAUGUGCUGGACCUUUUAAAACAUAUCACUGACCAGACGGCUAGAGCAAAGCAGGUUUCUUUGCAAGCACAAACUGCAGUAUCUAUAGCAGCACAGUAUCACGAAAUACGCUACGAUAACAUCGAAGACAUCCAUCGUGAAGUUUCUGCUUGCGGUGGUCUUUACAAGUCCCUUGUGGAUGUCAAAUUAAGCGAGGAUCUACCGAGUGACCUCACAGUGGAAAAUAUUGUUUCGAAGGUCAAGCUCAAUGGCUCCAACUUAAGCACUUCCAUUCAGACACCCAAAGUCAUGGCAUUUACAGAGGAUGAGGAGGCCUUUUUCGAGAAGUUUGAGCAGUUUGAGACUCGUUGUAAGCCAACAAGUGUGUCAAUUCAGUUUUUGGAACACCUCGUGAAGCAGUUCAACCUGUCUUGCGGUGUACUCUUCCCAUCCGCAAUUGCUGAUGUAAAUCAUGACUAUGACAUGCUCAGAAAGGCUUGGAGAAAGGUUCUCAAUGACUUUAAUAAUUUACGAGACUCAGCCGUCAAUCAGCGCUGGCGGCAACUAUGUCUAUUUCUCAUCGACCAUAUGGUCUUGAAACUUGACAAGAUACAACAGGAACUUCAGAGUAAUAGAGGCUCUCAGGAAAUCAGUGAUGAGUUAAGUAUCAACUUCAAAACAUGUUCCAACGCAAACACACUUCUUCAUAAGGCCAUGAUAGAGCAUCUACGGAGCGACAAAAUCAUCAUAGAACGCUUCAAAUCUGAGAUUGUUCCACGCUGGAAGACUGUCAAUGAACUCCUUAGUGGAUCUCUUCAACUAUCGACUCUACCUGAUACUCCUAGGGGUUCAACACCGGAGCCAGGCGAAGACGGGCUCAAACCCGUGAAAAUGAUACAGAAACGGACACCGCUGGCGUUGUCUGGACACAAGGAAUCAUCAUCUACAUUUUCCCCAAAUGGAUUUAAUCUACGUCUUGGAGUAAAUCCUUCGCCUAACAUUCCCAUCAGUGCUGAGAAGACGGAUAGGUUUAUUGAUCUCGAUAUAGAACCCAAUCACGAACGCAGCAGAAAGUUGCAAAUGGCACUAUUCGGUCUUCAAGAGCCUUUCAAAAAUGAAGACAUUCACGUCUCUCAUGAUGAUAGCACUGAGACUUUAGUGCAUCCCAGGACGCCUGAGAUGCAUCCGAUAUCGACUCGGAAAUAUAAGGAGCUCUUGCAUGAAAUGAGCAGGAGUCAUCCUCCUUCUGGCUCGAAAAUCCCCAUCAUUGUUUCAGACUACAUUCAUAGGUGUCUACCUGUGAUCAAGAAGAUCCCUUCGAAAGGAUCUCACAUUCCUACCAUCAGUCCGUCCCAUCCAGUCUUCAUUUCUCCCGAAAGAAGGCCCAAGAGUAUGCAAAUAUCGAUGUCCUUGGUGCCAAGACACACAUCUUUGAGAACUCCAUACAUGUCCCCUACCCAUCUAAGAAGUCCGCCCCUGUUUACUUUACCCAAACGGCGAGUUCUGGGACGAAGGCAGUCCUCAGCAGGAUCUCUGACCAUAAGUGACUUCACGCCUCGAGAGAGAUCAAGAGCGUCUCUGUUGAAUAUUAGAGCAGACAAAAUCUCACUUGCUAAUCAGACGACACCAAAUUUGGCUUACGAUGCCGGGGGUAUUGACGAGGUGGUGCCUCAUUUCGAUCGACUUAGUUUAAGGUCAACGUCGCCAGAUCGGCCAGGGUCCUCUAUCGGGCUGAGAUUUGACGAAAGCCAUCUUGUGCAGCCGGUAAAACCUACCAAAAAGGCGUGGAAGUGA